AUGCCGGCCGAGCCCCCCCGCGCCGCGCCGCCGCCGCUCCGCGCCGCCCGCCGCAAGCCGCUGCCCGAGGGCAGGGCCGUGGGCCAGAGGACCCCGCUGUGGCUGCGGGCCCGCUUUCAGGCGCUGCUCUUUGCCCUGGGUUGCCGGAUCCAGCGGCACUGCGGGAAGGUGCUCUUCGUGGGGCUGCUGGUGUUCGGGGCGCUGGCCGUGGGACUACGGGUGGCCUCCAUCGAGACCGACAUCGAGCACCUCUGGGUGGAAGCGGGCAGCCGGGUGAGCCAGGAGCUGCGCUACACCAAGGAGAAGUUGGGCGAGGAAUCCGUCUACACGUCCCAGAUGUUGAUCCAGACCCCGAAGAAGGAUGGCGAUAACAUCCUGACGCAGGAGGCCCUGCAGCUCCACCUCGAGGCGGCCUUGGCAGCCAGCAAGGUUCAAGUCUCACUGUUCGGAAAAUCGUGGGAUUUGAACAAGAUCUGCUACAAGUCGGGUGUCCCCAUCAUUGAGAACGGCAUGAUCGAGAGGAUGAUAGAGAAGCUGUUCCCCUGUGUGAUCCUGACACCGCUGGACUGCUUCUGGGAAGGCUCCAAGCUGCAGGGAGGCUCAGCCUAUCUCCCGGGCCGUCCGGACAUCCAGUGGAGCAACCUGGACCCUCUGCAGCUGAUGGAGGAGCUGGGGCAGUUCACAUCCCUGGAAGGCUUCAAAGAGCUGCUAGACAAGGCAGAGGUGGGACAAGCUUACAUGGAACGGCCCUGCCUGGACCCCCAGGACCCCCAGUGUCCCCCCAGUGCCCCCAACAAGCAGAGCCAGCAGAGCCCUGACAUCCCGGCCGAACUCUCAGGGGGCUGCCACGGCUUCUCCAGGAAGUUCAUGCGCUGGCAGCAGGAGCUGAUUUUAGGUGGCACGACCAAAGACUCCCAGGGCAAGCUGCUACGCGCCGAGGCCCUGCAGACCAUGUUCCUCCUCAUGAGCCCCCGGCAGCUCUAUGAGCACUUCAAGGAUGACUACGAGAUCCAUGAUAUCAGCUGGAGUGAGGAGAAGGCAGGAGCCAUCCUGGAGGCCUGGCAGAGGAAAUUCGUGGAGCUGGCACAGGACUCCAUCCCUCCCAACGCAACACAGAGUGUCCAUGCUUUCUCCACCACCACGCUUAACGACAUCAUGAAGUCCUUCUCUGACGUCAGCGUCAUCCGGGUGGCUGGGGGCUACCUCCUCAUGCUGGCCUACGCCUGUGUCACCAUGCUGCGGUGGGACUGCUCCAAGUCCCAAGGGGCUGUGGGCCUGGCUGGGGUCCUGCUUGUGGCUCUCUCCGUCGCCUCUGGCCUGGGGCUUUGCUCACUGCUGGGCAUCUCCUUCAAUGCGGCCACCACCCAGGUCCUGCCCUUCUUGGCCCUUGGCAUUGGGGUCGAUGACAUGUUCCUCUUGGCUCAUGCCUUCACUGAGACGAGCCAGCACAUCCCCUUCAAGGAGCGGACGGGUGAGUGUCUGAAGCGCACAGGGACCAGUGUGGCUCUCACCUCUGUCAGCAACAUGAUUGCCUUCUUCAUGGCAGCCCUGGUUCCCAUCCCUGCCCUGCGUGCCUUCUCCCUUCAGGCAGCAGUGGUUGUUGUGUUCAACUUCGCCAUGGUGCUCUUUGUUUUCCCUGCUAUCCUGAGCCUGGACCUGCACCGCCGGGAGAAACGCCGGCUUGACAUUCUCUGCUGCUUCUACAGCCCUUGCUCCUCACGCGUCAUCCAGAUCCAGCCCCAAGAGCUUGCUGAUGCUAACGACAACCAUGCCUGUCACCCAUCUCCUUAUGGGCACCCUGGCGUGGCCACCAGCACUCAGAUCACCACCACCGUGCAAGCCUUCACGCGGUGUGACCCCUCGGGACACCACAUUGUCACCGUCCUGCCACCCACCUCCCAGGUGUGCACCUCACCUGCCGUCCUCCUGCCACACGCUGACCCCUUGGGUUCGCAGGUCUUUGCCCCAUCGAGCUCCACCCGGGAUCUGCUGUCCCAGCUGGAUGAGGCCAAGGGCGGGCGGGAGUGUGUCCCUCUGCCCUUCUGCCGCUGGAGCCUCGCUGAUUUCGCCCGGGAGAAGUAUGCCCCACUCCUUCUGCGCACCCGGACCAAGGUGGUAGUUGUGGUGCUGUUCCUGGCACUGCUGGGGCUGAGUCUCUAUGGCACCACCAUGGUACACGAUGGCCUCUACCUUACGGACAUCGUACCACGGGACACCAAGGCACACGCUUUCAUCUCAGCCCAGUUCAAGUACUUCUCCUUCUACAACAUGUUCAUUGUCACUAAGGGUGGCUUCCACUACCCGGGUGCCCAGGCUGCCCUACUGAGCCUGCACCAGGCCUUCAGCACCGUCAAGUACGUGGUACGGGAGGGUAACCACGACCUGCCUAAAAUGUGGCUCCAUUACUUCCAGGACUGGCUGCGAGGGCUCCAGGCCACCUUUGACAGGGACUGGCAGGCUGGGCGCAUCACCCAUGACAGCUACCGCAAUGGCUCCGAGGAUGGGGCACUGGCCUACAAACUCCUCAUCCAGACUGGCAACAAGAAGGAGCCCUUCAACUUCAAUCAGCUGACCACGCGGCGACUGGUGGAUGAGAAUGGCAUCAUCCCCCCCGACACUUUCUACAUCUGCCUGACGGUGUGGGCCAGCAAUGACCCCCUGGGCUUUGCUGCCUCCCAGGCCAACUUCUACCCCCCACCCCCUGAGUGGAUUCAUGACAAGUACGACACCACGGGAGAGAACCUGCGAAUCCCAGCAGCCCAGCCACUGGAGUUCGCCCAGUUCCCCUUCUACCUGAGCGGGCUUCGUCGCACAUCUGACUUUGUGGAGGCAAUUGAGAGUGUACGGGCCAUCUGCCGGGAGGCUGCCCAGCGCCACGGCGUGCUGAGCUACCCCAGCGGCUACCCCUUCCUCUUCUGGGAGCAGUACAUAGGCCUGAGGCACUGGUUCCUGCUGGCCAUCAGCAUCCUGCUGGCCUGCACCUUCCUUGUCUGUGCUUUGCUGCUGCUCAACCCCUGGACCGCCGGCAUCAUUGUCUCCAUCCUGGCCAUGAUGGCUGUGGAAUUGUUUGGCAUCAUGGGGCUGAUGGGCAUCAAGCUGAGUGCCAUCCCUGUGGUCAUCCUCAUUGCCUCUGUUGGCAUCGGUGUGGAGUUUACUGUCCACGUGGCCCUGGGCUUCCUGACAGCGGCAGGGAGCAGGAACGUGCGCUCAGCCAUAGCACUGGAGCACACUUUUGCCCCUGUGAUGGAUGGUGCUGUCUCCACCCUCCUGGGUGUCCUCAUGCUGGCUGGCUCUGAGUUUGAUUUCAUCAUGAGGUAUUUCUUUGCGGUGCUGACCAUCCUGACGCUGCUGGGGCUGCUCAACGGGCUGGUGCUGCUGCCCGUCCUACUCUCUGUUAUCGGGCCACCCCCUGAGGCAUCCUUGGUGGAUAAUGGCCCCUGCCUACCCCCACCAGAGUCGGUACCCCCAUGUCUGGGCCCUGGGGGACUGUACGUCCGGUGUGCUCCAGCCUGGCCUGCCAGCUUCCCUGAGCCCUCUGACACGGAGCACUACACGGAGAGUGUGGGGCCAGGAAGCCCACGGGGACCCUUCAUUGUGCCCCCUGCUCCAGCACACAUCCUACUGGAGGCUGGCAAGGACCCCAGCUUCCCCCGCAUCACUGUUCUGAAGCCCUACAAGGACAGCCUGGAGGUUCAGGGGAAGAAAGAGACUUCUGGCCCUCAGCCAGCAGCCCCCCUGUCCUUCGGGGAGCCGUGCACCACACUGCCCCGAGAGCACCCACAGCCCGGCCCACCGGGCACCCAGCCAGCGCCCCCCGCAGCCCUGCCCACCUACAGCACACACCUGCAGGGUCCUGCCGGCAGCUACACCACCGUCACAGCCACCGCGUCGGUGACAGUGGCCCUGCAUCCCACACUGCCUGGCUCCUACCCCAGCUUCAGCCCUGAGGGCUUCACCAGCAGCGAGCGGGACUGCCUGGAUGAGCCCAGCACCAGCAGCACCACUGUGCCCAACACCUUUGAGAUGCAAAACAUGGGACACCACGGGGCAAGCGCUUGGCGCUAGAUUGCUGGUUCCUGGGCAGAACAUCUUGCCAGCACCCGGUGGGCACAGGAGGGUGCAGAGCGGGGUCACCCGUGUCAUGCUGCUAAUCGCCAGAGCGGUCUUGGCCGAGGAGGACCGGCCCCCUGCACCCUGCACCGGGGCUUGGUAGGGCAGGCUGGCACUUCUAUGCAAGCUGUGUGCAGGCCACGCCAUGCCUGCGUGUCCCUCACCUGAGGCUGUACCGUUGGUGCCGUGUCCCAUCGCCCAGGGCUUGGGGUUAUCCUGUCCUGGGCUUGUUGCCCCCCAGAAAUGGAAGCACUAACUCCCCCCUCUGUUUCUGGAGCUGCUGGCAAGGUGGACUCGGUGCCAUGCCAGCUCCCCCUCUGUGGGGUCACUGCCUGCUCGCCCAUCACCUCCUCCUGGGACCACCCAUCCCAGGCCAUGAGCUGGGGUACCCCAACCGGGUGCCCUGAUACC